AUGAGUUCGUGGACAGAUGAGCUGGUCUUGACUCUCACGACCAGAAUUCCGGAAUUGUUCUUUAAGGGAAGGUCCUCACAAGAAAGAUUACAACGACAGAAUAGGGACGAGGAUGUUUGUUUCAAUCCCUGUGAUCGCGGAAACGAAAUGGUCAAGAUUGUAAAGCCUUCCUUCGGCAUUGAUUGCUUGCUUAUUGCUCAUGUUGCCCUAUCGUGA